CCUGACUCGGGCUAAAUAAAGUUAUACUCUGUAGAGUUGCGUAUUCUAAAAUUUCGUAUAAAAUUCCGUAUAAAAUUCCGUAUAAAAUGCCCUAAAUUUUAUUUCUAAGCUCUCCUGGACUCUUGCCUCCCACACGUGUCACUCCUCCUCUUCUCCAUCAGCCCUCUCUUUGCUCUACUUUCAUCCCGGCAUGACCCCCAACGUUGCCUCGCUUCUCGCCGAAUAUCUUCCGCUUCACCGUCAAAACCCGGCCAACACGGAAAUGUGGACGGGAGGAAGGUUCGAGGGAGGAAAACUGUUCUGGAACAUGAAUUCUGGUCAGAAAGUGGAAGUUCCAGACUGGAAGGAACACCGCUGGGGGAAAGAACCCAGUUUAGAAGAGCUGGAGAAAUCGCCCUGCGUUUACAUUAAACUGCAGGACCAAGAGCUUAAAAUGUUUACGGGGGACUGCGACACGGACAGAUUUUUCGUGUGUAAAAGUCCAGAUGAUACGAAUGGUGAGGUCAAAUUAAAUUGGUAUUGUAUGAUUUCAUGGUCAAAAAAUGCUAAUUUUUAUUUACCAGACCCGAUGAUCCGUUAUUGCGAAAACAAUUUUCUAAUCGAACGCAAGUCAUCGGAAUGUAAGUGGAACUGGGUAUUCGACAAAAAGCCGGCUUGUCUCUGUUUUAAGGGGGUGUAAGUUUUUACAUUUUGAACGGAUUUUUUUUACCAAGACACUUAUCGAAGCACGCUUAUCAAAAAACUACGUUAAUUAAUUUAGUCAUGGUCUGACAUCCCACACCACGUGCAAUACUCGCCUCCUCGUGGCCCCUUCGCAGCAGAUUCGUUGUAUUAAAAUGCCUUCUUUUCGAAAGAGCAUUUUGCACUGGAAACCAAUUCCAGAUGUCGAUGCACAAGAGUCCUUCCUCCUCCUGCAGAAUCGAAAUCGUCGAGGAAACAAGUUCAUUCAGUGGAUCAGUCUUAAACCAGGGUCAAAACGACAGAUUUUUGGUGAUGCGAACGUCUACUUUAAAGGACUCUCGGUCUCUCUGCCACCUUCAUCGAAAAUUGGGACAAAGUAUUGCUUUGAGAGAAAUUCGGGCGAGAAAGAGGACGAUGGAGGAGGAUCGUCAUCGUCGUCCUUUAGCGAAAUUCGGAUACGAAACGAAAGUUUCUGGAUAAUUUUUGCCGAUAUUGACACAAGUUGUGGGGGUGGGAAUAAAAAUACCAAUAUGAGGAUUAAGGGACACGUUUUUUCAGGAUUGAAGGGUAUCGCAUUGCAAUUUCUAUUAUAUACCUGAGACGUAUUUAUUAAUUGCUACGCACCAAAAAUUUGCUUCUGACGUCAAAAUGACACUAAUUCCAGAUGAAUGUGACCUCAAAUGCAGUCCUGAUGAUAAUAACGAAUAUUCUGCCCUUCUUGCAACCACGCCAAAACCAGCUUCAUCCCCACAACCCACCAACCUCAACUCGGAAAUGUUGAAGCAUAUGGUGGAUUCCAUGUUCACUUCCGGUGUCAACUCGACACAAAAAGUUGUCCUGCCCGACGCCCGCCUCAACCUCCUCGAGAAACUGUUUGACAUAGCACGAAACGUAUGCUCGUGCAUGGUACCCACUACUUUUUUGGACAAUGCUCUCCAUCUUUUUAAGGUCGCCUACGCCACAGGCAACUACGAAUAUGGGACGGACUUUAGGAAAAGCGAGAUUGACAAGAUCGGCGACAUGUUAACCUCCUGUCUCGACCAGACUGGGGACAAGGCGAUCCUCUGCGAACGGAACGAAUGCAAUGGGAGAGCUUCCCAGAUGUCGGAGUUGGAGGAUGUCACCUUGAAAACGACACCGGUCGACGACACGGGCUACGUGACAAAUCCGCUUCAUCAUUUAAUUGAAGUAGUUUGGCACGCCGUGGAGAUUUGGUCGGUCGGUUGCAUUCGAGAGUUUAGAGAGAGUUAUUUGCUCUAUCAUGAGUUAGAGCAGGUGAUGGAGAAAUUGUUUGUGGGGGAAAUCCGGAAAUUGUGGCACAACCCUUCCAUCCCUCCAAAUUACUAUCAACACCUUCUCGGACCAAAUGAGGAGAUUCACAUGUCAAAUUUGAAAGACUGUGUCAAAGCAAUUUAUGAAUCUAAUCCGAAAGCUUUGAAACUAAUCAGACCAAAAUCCUCACCUCCGAUUCAGCUCGGAAAUACAAUCAGAAACAGGAAGAGAACCCAGGAAUUUUUUCAUGAGCGCUUAUCUAAAUCUAUUUUCUGUUCGAAAGAGCAAUUUUGUCUGGAUUGAAUGUAAGGUUAUUAUUGCUAUUAGUAAAUUUUAUUUG